AUGAUUCAGACAGCCCAGAAGGCGGUCCUUGUUGGUCGUGACUUUAGAUUCGAACUUGGCCCGGUAAUGGACCCAUUUAGCCGACUCCCGUGGUUCGUCCUUCGGAAGAUACUAUGUAGUAUCCCCGAUCUGCCGACGCUGUAUAACCUCCACAAUGCAUCUCCAGGGAUAGCAGCAUUUCUCCACGAGAACAAUGUUCUCUUCAGGAUAAUUGUUGACACAAUUAUCACCAAACCAAUCCUGAGACGAGGUCUGCUACCGGAAGUUCUGCAUUCUAUAAAAGUCUUAAUCGUCAGGUGGAACAAACAGCUGCGGUUCCAACAGAACAUGGAGAUCAUAGAGCCGGACUCUGAGUUUGAGUCUCCGCAACAGCCAUUUGAAAACUACAUAGGCUUCCCAGACCUGGACUCACCCCUGUCAGUGUCUGAGACCAGACAAGGGAUCAUACCCAGAUCAACACCGCCUGUCAUUCUGUGUCGACUUCUUGCUCUCAUGACUCGAAUCCAACGUCCCGUGCAUGCGUGUUUCCAGCCUUCGGUUGCUCGCUGUCUGACAGAAAGGAGGGUGCCUUCACCGUCGCACUUGCAUACCCGUGCUAUUAGAUUUUUCAAUACUAGACCCGUGGUGGGACCGCCCUCCAAGCAACCGAAAGGCGUGCCCGUCGGACCGCCGACAUGGUUUGAGGAGCAACGCUUGGUGUCUGUCUUCCUCCAUGUGGUCGUGUCCUAUGAGUUUCGAGAAGCUUAUAACGCGUCGAAUUAUCUUGCCCCCGCAAUGCUAGACCCUAGCGAAGCGGGAAUCAACUACGAUAUUGAGGGCUUCUGUGACCAGACAUUGUGGUCUAGGUACGAGCAGUCGCAGCGGUUAGGAAAACUCCUCGAGUGGCUAGAAGAGCAAGCUGGGGGCAAGGAAAACAUGCACACUUGGUUACGUUGGGUUAUAGUUCCGGACAACUUGGGUCACUGUUGUUAUUGGGAUACGUCCAUGACAAGGGAAGAGUAA